AUGCGCAUAGAAACUCUUGUAGAAGGAAAAAUUCCAGUCAAAGCAUUAAUAGAUACAUCCUCAAAGUUUAAUACUAUUAGCAAGAGGCUGUUCAAUAAACUUAAAUCGAACCAUGGGAUACACCCUAGCUGUGGUCCUGCUGAGUGUCUCUAUGGAGACAUAAUAGAUGGUAUGAGUAUCCCAUUAAUCGAAGAAAAUAGUAAUAAAGACAGCUCUGGUAAAAAUGACCAACUUAAGUCCGAUUUAUCGGAGAAAGAGAUCGCGAAUAUGAUCAAGAAAAUUCUCUCAGAUGCUUCCAAUUCAGAUACUUCGGACAGUAAUUCAGGUAAUUCUUCUGCAUCCAGUUCGGGAAUAGAAGUUAUACAUAUGAAACGCCCCAUUCUAAAGCGUAAAGUAAAAGCCAAGUUUGCGGUACAAAAAAUUGAUUAUGCUAUCAAAUUAUAUUAUGUCGAGUUAAGUUGGUCAAUGACACCUUAA